AUGAAGAUCCUCACUGAGCGUGGUUACUCGUUCACAACCACGGCCGAGCGUGAAAUUGUCAGAGAUAUCAAGGAGAAGCUCUGCUACGUCGCCCUCGACUUCGAACAAGAGAUGGCUACCGCCGCCUCAUCCUCAUCUCUCGAGAAGUCCUAUGAACUUCCUGACGGUCAAGUCAUCACUGUCGGUAACGAGCGAUUCCGUUGCCCCGAAGCCAUGUUCCAGCCUUCCUUCAUAGGUAUGGAAUCUGCUGGUAUCCAUGAGAACUCAUACAAUUCAAUUAUGAAGUGCGAUAUCGAUAUCCGUAAGGACUUGUACGCCAACACUGUCCUCUCCGGCGGUAGCACAAUGUACCCUGGAAUCGCCGAUCGUAUGCAGAAGGAAAUGACCGCCCUUGCCCCCAGCACCAUGAAGAUCAAGAUCAUCGCUCCCCCUGAGCGCAAAUACUCAGUAUGGAUCGGAGGAUCCAUCCUCGCCUCCCUCUCCACCUUCCAACAGAUGUGGAUCUCCAAGCAAGAAUACGACGAGUCCGGCCCAUCCAUUGUUCACCGCAAAUGCUUCUAA